GGGCAGUUGGCAACAUUUCAUCCCCGGAACAAGGCUGUUGGAUAUUUCAAAUCUUGAAAUUUGCUGAAAACAUUAUCAAUUCGACGUUAGUUUUGAUGCCGUUAUUUAUUCCAGUGAAAGCCCAACAUGUGUGAGGAAACCACGGAGAAACAAAUGUCUCUUGACAAUGUUUCUUCAAGUGAUAGCAACGAUAUGCUUUGGGAAACCAUGAAAAUGGACCUAGAUCAAAACAGGGCCUAUCAAAACGAACAAGUACAAACACUGAAAGGGCAGACUGUUCGUCUCCCCGUGCUCGCCGUUGAUCAUAAAAAGGUGAGGAAGGUUGGAAGAAACUACAGGUUACAUUUGAAACACAUUGCCAAAAAAAAAGCUUUUAAAUUAGCUGUCAAAACUUUGAGGACAUUGUUGACCACCAAAUCUAAGAAAAAGAGGAAGUCUCGACCAUACCAUACUGAUUACAUAUCUACAAUGAAUUUCAAGGUUUUUCGUGAUGAAAACACAACUGUCAAUGAAAAGCAUUUAGAAAAAGAAGUCCCUCCUAAUGAUUCCGCUCUUAAAGACCAUGGAGUAAAUAAUCGAGUUGACCAGUCUGUACAGGCAGGAGGACCCAUCAUGGAGGAUAAAGUUUCCCAAACUGUGGAUAAUGGUUUGCUUUUGCCCACUAGAUACGCAUUUGAAUUGGUUCGCCCAUACAUUCCAAUUCAUUUGACUCCAGCACAUUUGUGUGGCAGUUAUUUUGGCAAGGUUUCUGCUUGUUGUGGCAAUAACUUGCACAAUCAGAUAAGUUCAUGUUCAGUGUGUGAAACAUCUCCAGGACACAAGCAUGUUAAUGGUGAACCUGGAAUUUCGGCUUCCACAAUUAACAGUACUAAUCAAACUGCUACCAGUCAUUAUUCUCUGAAGGAGAUAUGUGAAGAAUUACUUGUACAACUUUCAAGAAAGGAGCGACCAGUCCUCCACCACAAAGCGUGUGUAAAUGACAAUUUUUCAGUUAAGAGUACCUCUACUGCUGAAACGCAAACUGCAACCUCAAGUGUCACAUUUAAUAAUAUUUCUAAUUCACUCAAACUUUCAAAUUUAAAAUGUGACCCAAAAAUUCAGAAUGGUGAUGAAUUGGCCACUUCCUCCUCUGUAGCUCUAAAUUCACUAGCUGAAGCUAUCAUUACUAUGCAAUGCCAAUCGACUGUACCUUCUGUUAACUGUUUGUUAACUUCAGAGGAGACUCCUCAAACAGUGCCUUCCCCUGUUUUAUCAGACCAUCCCAUCACUCCUGACUUACUUCGAGACAGUGACAAUGCUCAUUGCAGAAGACUUAAUGACACUCCAGAUUCAGCUCUUCUUGCCAAGAAAGAGAAAAUGAGACUGUCACUUUUUGAGGAUGUUCCUACAAAAUUAAAUUCAGAAGGUACCCCAAAUCCCCAACUCGAACAGCACCAAUCAGAGCAAACUAUUGGUGUCUCUGAAAUUAUACAUGGUGCAAAAGGCUCAGAUGAUAUUGAAGGAAACUUAGUCACUGAUAUAAUUUCAAGUACAACUAGCACACAAAGUAAAGUUGUUUCUCACUCUCGUGUGGAGCCUGGUGGUCAAGACGAGGUCACUAGUAAUGAGGGACUUAGUCCAGUCUUAGAUAACUUUUCUCCCAGUGAGCAAAAUGCUAAAACAGAGCAACCUGGAAAAUCUACUGACUGUGCGACAGAGAAUCCUAAACAAGGAGCAAACAAAACUGCAGACAGCAUCCCAAUUAAUGGAAGUGAAGAAAUGAAAAAUGGUGGAGAUAUUUCUGUCUUUUCCGCUCAACAAACUUUAACUAAAAAAAGUGAUAUUACUUCAGUCAUAGGGUGUGUGAAAAACCCAACCACAUUGCCAGUUGAUUCAAACCAAGAUGUGACAAUGGAACCAGUUGUUCCAAAUUCAAUUAAGAAGCAAGGUUCCAAAGUUCUCUCAAGAAUACACAAUUUAGACUUUUCAAAUGUGACCAAAUCAGAGUUGCAGAAUUCACCAGCUUUUGAAGAAUUGGAUCCCUCUGAAAUGGAAACUGUUUUACUUAUCUGGCGGCAGCAGGAGCAACUUCAUAAAGAUCAAGGGAAGCCAGAGUCAUCAGCUCCAUCAAGUCCUGGCAAUGUCUUUAGGAAAGUAAACAAGCUUCAAGAGCUGCCUCCUGAGCUCCGAAGUACCCGCCAAUCUCCACCCUCAUCCGUUAAAGAGAAAAAUUCUACCGCCUCAUCAGCAUUAGAUAUAUUAGAUGUUGAAGCCAAAAAAGCUUUAUCUGGAGAAGAUGAUGAUGAUAUUUCAGAAUGUUCUCCUCACUGUGAAAUUUCACCCCCUAAAAGACGCAGACUAAAGCUUAGACUGAAUCCACCUGUUCCACUGGUCAUACAGAAAACUAAAGAAAAUCUAAUCAGAGAAGGUGCUUCACAUCCUAUCUCCACUUCUACUCCUAAUGGUAUUCCUGUGAUUAAGAAAGCUUCAUCAGGAUUGAGAUCAUCAAAAAGAUUGAAGGCAGCGGCAUCUCAAAACUCGAAUGAAUUAAGCGUUGAUCAGACUAUUUCUGGUCUUGCUGGUCUAGCCAUGCCAAAACAAGAAUUGAAAGAUAGCAAGGCAAAAGUUUUGUUGAAUAAAAAAUGUAACAAAACGAAGAAUAAGCAGGCUGAUGAAUCAGCUGAUAGCACAACAACUAUAUCAAGCUCAAAAGAGACAAUUGUGAAGAAAAAUAACAAGGAGAUAAUGGCCAAAAUUAAAGAAGAUGAUAUUACCUCUAAUGAUAAGGCCAUCUCAGUGAAAGAUGGAGAGGACAAAAGUAAAACUGAACCUGAAGAAGCGAUUUGUAACUCAACUGUAUUGAUCACAAAAGAGGUAAAUACAAAGAAGAACCAAAAGAAAAUGAUGGAUAAAAUGAAACAAAGUGACGUCUGUCCUACUACUAAGGCUACAGCAGUGAAUGAAGGAGAGGAUAAAAAUAAUUUCCAUGACCAAAUACAAGAAAGAGUCAAUAAGUUGAAAAGGAAAUGGCUUAAAGAGAAAUCUGAUGAUGAGAUAGAUGUUGUUGACAUCAAUUCAAGCCCUUCAGAUGCUGCUUCAAAUACACCCCCUGUCUCUCAGAUAACUGAAGAUGGUCAAGAUGUGUUGGUGUCAGAAGGCAAAUCUGAAAUUAUUAGGAGUGUUCCUAUCAUUGAGCUUGGAAAAGCUCAUGAUUUAGCUACACACAUUCUUUUGAAUCCAUGGCGUGGAAUAAAUGCUCGAAGAGUAACAAGAGGAUUUGUUUGUCCCACCUAUGAGUCGAAAAUAGUUACAAGAGCUUUAUGGGAUUUACGUAGUAACGCAGACAUCAGCAAUGUUGUUGAGCGCAUACUAGGAUUAGGUUGGAAAGGUUUCCACCCGAGAGCAGUUCGAGCACUGGUGGCAAUGUUUACAUUAUCUUUCUCCCGUCGAGUGCCGUUUGUAAUUGAUGGUAUGAAAGGAGAAGAGGAUGAUGCUGGCAGUCUGAGUAGUGAUGCAGAGCAUUCAAAGAAAAAAUCCAUGCCUGUUAGAUUGGUAGCCACUAAACAAAUAUUCAAAGGAGAGUGUAUUGAAGGUCUAAAUGGUCUUCUUCUCAAGACUUCUGAUAAAGAAAAGGAGACACUGCGAUCAUGGAACUUCCCAAAGCUUAAAGGACGGCGUGAUUGGGUGCUAUUUGGACCUCUUGCCUAUCUAAAAAGAGAUGAAUCAGAUUACAACACUCAGGCUGUUUUUCUGAAAGAUGAACUUAUAGCUGUGAAAGCAACAAGGUUGGUAUUAUCUGGAGAAGUGUUGCUUGUUAGCUUUAAGGAAGUAGAGAGAAAAUUUUGUAUGUAAAUGAGUACCUUGAGGUUUUUACAUAUCAGUUCCAUUGGUUCUAUGUAAACUUUAUCACUGUCAAAGAAUCGUGUAUUCUUGGUUACUAUCUAGUAAUUUUUUCUAAUGAUUUGUGUGCCAGAGUGGUUUAUAGGAUAAUUAAUUUUUCACACUGUGCCUCAACUUUCAAUACCCCAAUGAUAUCCCUUAUCGGAUGUCUAUAUUCUAUGGAAAGUUAAUGUUUAUGUAUAAGUACAUCGAUGUACUUUUGUAGCACAUCAUAUUUUUUUUUCUAUGAAUACUUCAGAUGAUUAUUUAUUCUGUUCAAUCGAUUAAUCACUUAAUCAUUUUUUUUCCUUUAUAUUUUUAAAUUCCUGUUGAUUGAUCAAUACUCUAUGAUUGUUACUUUUGUUCAAAUACAUCUAUAAACGCUA